UCCUUUGUUUCAGAACUUAAGGACACAAAGUCAUCUGAGUACUACACAAGUAUCACAGAGCCCGCUGGACUACAGAUUUUGUUUAAUAUGUAGACCAGGAUUCUAUGUGUGGGCAGCAAGGAUCAUAUCUCUGUCAUUGAACAUUAACAACAUUAGUCAUGAUCCUCUCAGGCGUUUUCUGGCCGGCUACACCACACAAAGUUGAAGAGUGCAAGAUGGCUGGCAAGGAUCCCACACAUGGCUGUGGCAAUUUUGUACGUGUUAUUCAGAGCUUCAAUCGAACUCACUUAUAUGUUUGUGGAAGUGGAGCCUUCAGUCCUAUAUGCACAUAUGUCAACCGAGGCCGGAGAUCUGAGGAUCGUGUUUUUUUAAUCGAUUACAAAAAUGAAUCUGGAAAGGGCCGCUGUUCUUUUAACCCAAAAGUAAACACAGUGUCUGUUAUGAUCAAUGAAGAGUUGUUUUCUGGAAUGUAUAUAGAUUUUAUGGGUACAGACUCAGCUAUAUUUCGAAGUCUAACAAAACGUAAUGCUGUACGAACUGAUCAGCAUAAUUCGAAGUGGUUAAGUGAGCCAAUUUUUGUGGAUGCACAGCUUCUUUCAGAUGGAACAGACCCGAAUGAUGCAAAAGUUUAUUUCUUUCUAAAAGAGAGACUGACUGACAACAGUGGGAGCACCAAGCAGAUUCAUUCUAUGAUAGCAAGAGUUUGUCCAAAUGACAUUGGUGGACAAAGAAGUCUUGUUAAUAAGUGGACAACAUUCUUAAAGGCGCGGCUUGUGUGUUCAGUGAUGGAUGAUGAUGGAACUGAAACCCAUUUUGAUGAAUUAGAGGACGUUUUUCUAAUGGAAGCUGACAAUCCUCGGAAUACUCUGGUAUAUGGUAUUUUCACUACCUCAAGCUCUGUGUUCAAAGGAUCUGCAGUAUGUGUAUAUCACAUGUCUGACAUUCAGACAGUGUUCAAUGGACCGUUUGCUCACAAAGAAGGACCCAACCACCAGCUGAUUCCUUAUCAGGGCCGAAUUCCAUAUCCAAGGCCUGGUACAUGUCCUGGAGGUGCAUUUACACCAACCGUACUGACAACAAAAGAAUUCCCAGAUGAUGUUGUUACAUUUAUAAGGAAUCAUCCACUCAUGUUCAACUCCAUUUAUCCGGAACAUAAGAAGCCACUUCUAAUAAGAACAGGAACAGACUACAAGUAUACAAAGAUAGCAGUGGACAGAGUGUAUGCAGCAGAUGGAAAGUACCAUGUCCUUUUUCUUGGAACAGAUAAGGGAACAGUACAGAAGGUGGUUGUCCUCCCUGGUAAUAGCUCCACAAGCAGUGAGCUGAUUCUGGAAGAGCUGGAGGUUUUCAAGAGUCAAGCUCCAGUAACCUCAAUGAAGAUUUCUUCUAAAAAGCAACAACUGUAUGUCAGUUCAGAAGAGGGAGUCACUCAAGUAUCUUUACAUCGCUGCCAUAUCUAUGGAACUGCAUGUGCUGACUGCUGCCUAGCCAGAGAUCCCUACUGUGCCUGGGAUGGAAAGUAUUGUUCCAGAUUUUAUCCAUCAGGGAAAAGAAGAAGUAGAAGACAGGACAUAAAACAUGGAAAUCCAGUUACCCAGUGCCGUGGAUUUAACUUGAAGGGCUACAGGAGCACUGAAGAAAUUGUACAGUAUGGUGUAAGAAAUAACACAACUUUCUUGGAGUGCAGUUCAAAAUCUCCACAGGCCUCUGUGAAAUGGCUGCUUCAAAAGGAUAAUGACCGAAGGAAAGAGGUGAAAUUAAAUGAAAGGAUCAUUUCAACUGGACAAGGACUUCUUCUCCGUUCCAUCCAAGACUCUGAUACAGGAUUGUAUCACUGUAUAGCAACUGAAAAUGGCUUUAAGCAAACAGUUGCCAAAAUCAAUUUGAAAAUCUUAGAAUCGGAACUUGUGAGUUUUAUGACUGACAAAUCUCAGUGGAUCUGGGCAAGUACAUUGAGUGGCCUGCAAUUUCAUCCCAAGGACCUUACUGGAUCAUUCAGUCACUCCGAGAUGCAGAUGAUUAACCAGUACUGCAAAGAAAGUAGACAAAAAAAGAGUCAGGUGUCAGAAGUUCCAAAACUUAAAGGGGAUUAUGGCAAAUUGAAAGUUCUUUUGAACACCAGAAAAAGUAGAAAUCGGAGAAAUCAGUUACCUGGUUCUUAA